AUGCAACAGGCUAUUCAACUCGCUGAAUCUGCCAGUUUUGCAAAAAAUCAUGCUUACCUUUCUAUUCCAUUUGAUACCAAACAGCCACAGUCCAAGCUAGUUUCAAUAGUGCCUGCCAUCUCCAAAAAAAAUACCUUUGGUCAGUUGAAUCGUGACCAUUGCAAGUUUUCUUCGUCUAUAUGUCCAUUGCUAGAUUCUUCAAGUCUUUCUACAAUUCACACGGAUUCUACCAUGUCUUUCAACCAUGCAAAAAACCCUAUUACUGUCGAGGAAACAAAACGUCUUUCAUCAUUUGAUUUUUCUACUUCAAAUACACAGUCCAUCUCAUUUGGAUUUGCUUCAUCUAUUAAUAUUUUGCAGUUGCAAUCGCCAGAAUCUAAUUGGAAAGUGCGGCUUGUAGCAAUGGAAUCAAUUCUCGCCUCAACCCAGCUUAUUCAUGUAGAUACAUUUUUACCUCAUAUUCAAGCAUUUAUUGAAUUUGUGAUUCCCUCACUGUGUGACGACAAUUUCAAGGUCAUUCUUACUACGCUUUAUGUCAUUGAGCAAAUGUUAAAGGUGGUCGGUGCAAAUAUUCAAGCCGCAGUUUCAAAGCUAUCGGUAUCUCUAGCACACUUACUAACUGAUACUAGAGCUAUAAUCCGUCAAACCUGCAGAAAACUGUUGAUUGAAUUAAUGCGUGCAACCUACCCCAUGUUCGUGUAUGAGUGUAUCUUGCCACUUUUGAGUGAUAAUAACCCGCGAGUCAGAGAAGAAAUCAUCACAAUGCUGAUUAUAUCGCUUUUUACAUUUCCAAAUCAAGAUUUAAAUAUUCCAUUCUUGGCACAGUGUUUAGCACCCGUUUUCAAAAAUGCCCAAGCAAAAGUCAGGUUUGUUGCUGUAGAAGCAUGUGCGGUUCUUGCCAGCAAAUCCAGCCAAUCGCUAAUUAUCUUGGCAUUAAGUACUCAUGGUGUUGAUCCUGAUUCGCUCCAGCUACUUGAAAUGCGAUUUUUAGACAAACAACUACCCUUUUUAACGAGCGAUGGAACAGUUAAACAUAUAUUUUCACAAAAUUGUUUAGGUACUGCAGACCGUAAUCCGUUGAAUAAGAUCGAUCAGAUCAUUUCAAAUGAUUUUGUGCAGAAAAAAUCAGAGUCUGAUAUACCAUGUUACAAAAUCUCAAGACUGAGUGAAUCCCCAGUUAAAUCAAGUCAUUUUCCAAUCAAGGAGCUACCGUAUAAUCAAAAUGAACAAAAGGCUGAUCACAUUACGUCACGUAUUUUUUUUGACAAUCAAGAAUAUAAAUAUCCACAGAAUCAAGCCUUCAAACACAAGCCGCGCUCUCUCAGAGCAAGAUUAGAACCAGAAAAUGAUAAUUUUGGAUUGCAAAUGUCUAACGACCAAUCCAUUUCCUUGGCUAUUGAAGAUUUGCUAAAAAAAGCUGCUGUGCUUGAAUCAACCGAGAUUUUAGUCUCGGAUCCAAAUACUAUCAAUUUAGCUCCAAUGACCAAUGUUUCAUCUGAGCAUCAUUCAGCAAGAGAUGAUAGAUUAAAAUCAGAGUCAGAAUCGACCGGCUUUCAAAGAAAAUCCAAAACCACUACACUAUCAACAGAUUCGCUCAUUUCUUGCAAUGCAGCGAGUCCAAUAAAUAAUCUUACAUCUGCAUCCAACAUGGACACUACACUUCAGAUAUGCACAAAAGUCACAUGCGACAACUUGCCCGAAAAGCCGAUUACAAAGCAAAUUAGUUUGACACAAACGGACAAAAAUAUAUCACCCAACGAAACUUUGACGGUCAUACCCACAGCAUCCAAGUGUGCUGACAAUGUAUACAAUUCACCCGAAAAGUCUAUUCAAAAAACCAAAACAAAGGUAUCUCGAUUUUGCGAAAGCGAUCUAAAGCAUUUGAUUUCAAAACUACAACCUUCGCAAGAUUGGUGCGAUAUUGUCGAUGCAAUGAAUUUACUUCAAACUGCCUUUUCGGAUCAUCCCGCUGUGUUUACAGCAAACAAUCGAGAUAUUUUGCUAGUUUUAUUGGCAAAUUUGCAAAACUUGCGCACCACCGUAUCAAAACUGGCUAUUCAAUGCAUUUUAAAAAUUUAUCAGCUUGCAUCCAAAACGCUGGAGCCCCAUUUGGAUGGAACAAUAAGCAGUUUAUUACGAAAGAUUGGUGAAGGAAAUCAGUUUAUUAUUGAAGAAAUAGACCAUGCAUUACUAGCGUUUUGUGAAAUUAUUCCUCCAGCAAGACUUGCCGUUGCCUUGGUUGCAAAUGCUAGUCAUAAAAACUCACUUAUUCGACUGCGUGUAUCGCGAUUGGUCCAUCAAGUUUUAAAGAAAAUGUCAACGUCUCAGCUGUGUCAUGUUCUUCAAAAUAUCCGAGACACUGAUAAGUUGCUUCCAGCACUAGCCCAGCUCAUGAAGGAUGGGCUUGUAGAUACUCGAAAUUCUGGGAAGCAGGCUAUGCAGAUUCUAUAUCAAUGUCCAGAGUUUGAUCGCGCCAUGGGUAGAUCAUUGAGUAUUUCACAGAUUGCUGAAGUCCGCGAAACGCUCAAUAAAUUGAUUAAAAAGUCGAGUUUUGCAGUAAAGAAUCAAGAUCUGGUAGACGAAUCUGUGUCUAGUGAGAAUCUGAUACAAGUCAAGACAUUGCCGACUUUUAAAUCCAAACCAAAGGGAAAAUCUGUUGCAAGUCAUAGUGAGCAUUCAGAUACUUUGAAAGAAAUUUUGAAAGAAACUACUGUUCAUGAUUGGAAUGGCCGUUAUCGAUCCAUGGAGAAACUGUGCAAAUAUUUACACGAUCAACCCACGUUGCUUACCGAUCGUGGGUUGAUGCAGCUCGUUUUGGAUGUUUAUUGUGAUAGAUGUCGUGAUGGAAAUAGCAAAGUCGGGAUACUGUCUCUCAAAUCAUUGACUGAUUUGAUACCACGCUUCAAUUCAUCCUCUAUCAACAGUGCAAUACCCGCUUUGGUAUCUAUGAUUACAAAUCAAUUUGCUUCAACACAUCCAGCUAUACAGAAUGCCGCUAUCAAUGCAAUCGACGCACUUUUACAAAUAGCAGAUGAUGCCAUUAUCUUGCCUGCACUGAUAACGAUUAUCCACUACGGAACAAAUUCAAAAGUCAAGGUGCAAAUUGUAGAUAUUCUCUGUUCCUCGAUCAAAGCUGGCCAUUUGAAACUAUCAAGUGCGAUUCGAAAGCAUAUGGUUCCAUGCUGUGUGAAACUUUUCGAGGAAAAUCGAAGUGAUAUGUGUCAUCAUACCAACAGGCUCAUUCUCGAGUUGCAGGGUCUUAUGGGAGAUAAGCUUUUUGAUGCCAUGGUGGCUGAUAGUAAAAAGGCAGACAUACAGCAUAAAUUGGCUACUCUUCUUAAACAAGGACAGACAUGA